AUUUUACGACAGAACGCCUGCUGCCGUAAGCGCGAAAUGACACAUGACGUAAAAGCUGGAAGUGUACUUCUGAAAGUUCUUCCUCCACGGCCACGUGUGCAGAUGAAUGCGACUUUCACCCAGACGGAAAUUUGGAAGCAAACGAAUAUAUUCAGUGGAUAUAAGGAACAUUUUCUGUCAAAAGAUCUAAAUCAACUUGUACAUGAAUCCUCAACCCACCAUGGACUUUGGAGGAGUGGGCGUUGACACAGCUGACCAAAGAGGCUGUACAGGCUGUUCUGCUGGUCAGGCUGGGCUCUGGCCUGCCAUGGAGCUGUUGAUAACCAGAGGUUCGGGUGUUUACUCAACUGACCAAAGAGGCCGUACAGUACUGCAUCUUGUUGCACAGGCAGGGCACUGCCGAGCUAUAGAGCUCUUAUUAAACAGAAGGGUGCGUAUUCAUGCAACGGACCAAAGCGGCCAGACAGCAUUACAUCAUGCUGCCUAUGCAGGGCACUGUCCAGCUAUGGAGCUGUUAUUGGACAGAGGGGCGAGCAUUGAUGCAACUGAUAAAUUAGGCUGUACAGCAUUACACCAUGCCGCUCAGGCCGGGCAAUGUCCUGCUAUGGAGCUGUUAUUGGGAAGAGGGUUGUGUGUUGACACAACAGACCGAAGAGGCCGGACAGCACUGCAUCAUGCUGCUCAAGCAGGGCACUGUGGAGCUAUGCAGUUGUUGUUGGACAGAGGGGCGAGCAUUGACAAAACUGACCAUAGAAGCAGGACAGCAUUACAUCGUGCUGCCUGUGCAGGGCACUGCCCAGCUAUGGAGCUGUUAUUGGGCAGAGGGGCGAGCAUUGACGCAACUGAUAAAACAGGCUAUACAGCUCUGCAUCUUGUUGCUCAUGCAGGGCACAGUGGUGCUGUGGAGCUGCUAUCCAACAGAGGGGCGAGCGUUGACAAAACUGACCAAAAUGGCUGGACAGCAUUACAUCAUGCUGCCUGUGCAGGGCACUGUCCAGCAAUGGAGCUGCUAUUGGAAAGAGGUUCAGGUGUGAAUACAGCUGACCAAAGAGGCGGUACAGCACUGCAUCAUGCUGCUCAGACAGGGCACUGUGACGCUAUAGAGUUGCUAUUGGGCAGAGGGGCGAGCGUUGACAUCACUGACAAAACAGGCCAUACAACACUGCAUCUUGUUGCUCAGGCAGGGCACUGUCCAGCUAUGGAGCUGUUAUUAAACAGAGGGGCGAGCAUUGACAAAACUGGCCAAAGAGGCCUGACAGCAUUACACCAUGCUGCCUAUGCAGGGCACUGUCCUGCUAUGGAGCUGUUGUUAGACAGAGGUUUGGGUGUUAACACAACUAACCAAACAGGCCGUACAGCACUGCAUCUUGUUGCUCAGGCAGGACACUGUCCAGCUAUGGAGUUGUUAUUAAACAGAGGGGCGAGCAUUGAUGAAACUGACCAAAAAGGCAGGACAGCAUUACAUCAUGCUGCCUAUGCAGGGCACUGUCCAGCUAUAGAGCUGUUGUUGGACAGAGGGGUGUGUGUUGACACAAGAGAUCAAAGUGGCCGUACAGCACUUCAUUAUGCUGCCUGUACAGGGCACUGUGGCGCUAUGGAGCUGUUCUUGGGCAGAGGGAUGUUGGACGUUAUGGACGUUGACAUAACUGACAAAACAGGCCGUACAGCACUGCACCAUGCUGCCCAGGCAGGGCACUGUGGUGCUAUGGAGCUGUUGUUGGACAGAGGGGCAGACAUCAACAUAACUGGCAACUCCAAGCGAUCACCUGGCAAGACAGGCCUGACAGCACUUCACCUGGCUGCAAUCAACAGUCGCUGUGCUGCGAUUACCCUUCUCUUGGACCGGGGUGCAAACUUGGAAAAAAGGAACAUGCUCGACCAGACAGCACUACACUUCGCUGCAAGUAGAGGCGACUGUGACCAUGUUGGAUUGUUGCUGAAUCGAAACUUUGGUGGAGCCAGUGGGCCUUUAAUGGACAAAGAUCUGUUGACAGCUCUUCAUCAGCAGACCUCUGUGUCUACAGAAGAAGGUCAUCGUGUUGCGAUCACGCUCUUGUUAGAUAGACAAGCGGAUAUAGAUGCUGUUGAUCAUUUUGGCUGCACUCCCCUACAUUAUGCUGCCUUGAAAGGGAGCAAUGACCACAUUCUCCUCUUGUUGGAUAGAGGUGCAGACCUUAAUGUGCAGAAUAGUUAUGGUCAGUUUCUACUUCACUCAGCAGCAUUGGGCGGGCAUAACGAUACCAUCAAUUUGCUGUUAGAUCGUGGUGUGGAAAUUGAAGCAGAGGAGGUCUCAGGCAGCACAGCACUCCAUCUAGCUGCACGGUACGGACACCAGGAGACUGUCAAGUUGCUGUGUUCAUGCGGUGGGAACCUGUCAGCAAAGGACAAGUAUGAGGACUUGACUCCUCUUUUGGAGGCUGCUUCGAACGGACACUGCAAUGUUAUUGACGUCGCCUUAUCAUUAGGUGCUACAUUGGCUGAGAGGGAUUUUGCUGGCAACUCAGUGCUUCAUUGUGUUACAACUCGUGACCCGAACACAGCGCUGAACACUGUUACUCAUUUACUGGGUCUGGGUGCGGAUGUGAACGCAAGGAACGAAGUUGGCGAAACAGCGCUUCACCAUUUCAUUGAUUCAGAAGAAUGCUCCUUGAAAAUGGUAGAAGCAUUCCUUCUGGCGGGCACAGACUGUAACCUGAAGGACAUAGAUGGUCUGACACUCUAUGACGUGGUGCCAGAGGAUACAGACCUUCAGAAACUCCUGCUUCAUCAUCAAAAACAUCACCCUGACCUGAAGAGAUUGUGUCGGGCAAAGAUCCACAGUGCUCUCCGUAAGAGUGGGCAAGAAGAAUCUGAAAUCAACCAGUUUGCAAUACCCAAAGAACUGAAGGACUACCUAUUAUUCAGAGCUAUUUUCUAAGUGCUGUGCAGCCUGCUACUUCCUUGAACAGUUUCAGUAGUUUAGCAAGGCACAAGCUUACAAAGUUCUUUGUACCAAGUGUUUCGAUUGUUAUAGUGCUAUUAUCAUCAUGUCUAUCAAGCUAUUUGGUUUCUUUUUAGUUUGCUUUUUGAAUAGAAUGAUAGUCUGAC